AUGUCUGUGUGCAUGUGUGUGUGUGUGUUUGUGUGCAUGAUGAUUGCCACCCCAUCGAUGCUGAUGGCACCUGCGGUGCAGAUGGAUGUGUCGGCCAAGGACGUCGCCGACACACCGAAGCAGAAAGGAAGAGCAACGACGCAAAGCGAAGAAGACAAGGUGAACGCUGAGGCAGUAUCAGCAAAGCAUCUAACGCAACACCCGACACCGUAUCUCAAGUCUUCUCCAUACACACACACACACACACACUUCUCUAUAUAUACCUUUUUAUUUUUGUGUGUGUCCCCACACACCCCCUGUGUGAGUGUGCCUGUGUGCGUUAACAAGAGGGAGGCGCGCUGUCUUUCCCCUCUCUCUCUCUCUCUCUCUCUCUCGCUGCAGCUGGUGGCUGCGUGCACGCGCUCGCUGACGCUCUGCUUCUCCCGGACGACGGACAGGGGAGAGGAGGAGCUGUUUGCACGACGCUUAUGUAGCGUGAAUCCAAUACAAGCACAUGCAGGCACAGACACAGACGCAGAAACACCCUGGCGUAGCGGAGAGGCGUGUGCCAUUUUUCAUUUCUGUUCGUGCUGCUCGCCCACAAUGACGCAGCCACCGGGUGCCUCCGAGAAGGAAAAGACGGCCCGACUCAUCGAGUCACUUUCCAGAGAUGAGCAGGUGAAGCUCUUGGCGCAGGCGCUCUUGCGGGAGUACAUGCAUCGGCGCGGCCUACGCGAGACACUGCGUACCUUUGACGCGGAGAACCCGCGUGAUGAGCGCACCAUCUCAUCUCGCGCUCUCAUGCGACAGCUGCUGAACAUUCCUGUCGAAGGCCGGCCAUCAAGGCUGCAGCCCACCGCCUCUUCUUCCUCGGCGAAACCGCAGGCUCCGACCUUCAUGGAGGAGCUUUGCUCUUAUCGGCUGACAAAGAACAGCUACCGGAGCCUGGACGGGAAGCGGGGUGGCGAGCAGCAGCGUAUCCAGGAGGAAGACCCCAGUGAUGUGGAGCUGCGCGCAUUGCACGAGGCAGCAGAUGCACAGCGGGCGGCAAAAGCCUCAGGCGAGCAGAAGCAGCGCGAGUACGACGAGCUGCUUGCCGUGGAAGAGGCCUACGAGCAGCGCAAGGAGGGGCACAAAGAGAGGCGGAGGCGUAAGCACAAGGACAAGAGGGGGCGCAGUUCGAAGCAGCGCUCCUGCGGCGACGCUGGCAGCAGCGAUGACGAGGCGGAGAGCGAAAGCGAGCAGAGCCAUGAUAGUGAGGGCAAAGAAGGAGCUGCGCUCGACGCCGGCUACUCCCACGCGUCGAGAAGGCCACAUCCAGCCCCAUUGGGCAAGCGCCGGCUGUCGGCCGAGUCCGGAAGUGGUGCGAAUGCGGCCGCUGUAGCGGUGGGCGCGCAUUGGCAACCGCCAGGCAGUGCCGCUCGAGCAGGUGAUGACCACAGCACUUCCGGCGAUGGCGUCUCUCGUCGUUCUGCGAAGCUCAUUUCUGGUGGAACGGUACAUCUUGGGCUGGGCAACGCCGAUAGUAAGGAUAGAAGCGACGACGAGAGUGAGGCGGACCCGUUCGGGCUCAGUGGGGCGAGUCGGCAGGCGCUGAUGGCGCGAGUUCGCGCAGAGAGCGAGCACUGGCCGCCGCAAGCUAAGGGAGGUGCUGCCCACGCCCAUGCCAGCAGCACGAGCAAUGGUAACGGCGACGGGGGUGCUCCGGACAGUAUUCUGAGCACUGCACCUGCUGCUCUCUCGACGCUAGCCGGGCGAGGGGCCGGUGAUAGGGGACCUGCCUCGUUGAGCGGCCUUCGAUCAGUUGGACGGGCGGCAGCAGGAUUCAACCCGAACGGCACGUAUGCGUCUCCAUCGUUCUCUGGGUCGCUUUCUGCCACUGUACCUGCCGGCGCCACCGGAGGCAUGGCUGCGCUGCACAUGAAGGCCUCGUCCAUCCCGAUUCCUGGCCUGGGCGCAGAUGGCGUCGUGAGAGGGCUGGCGAGCACGUACAGCAAUGGCUUUGCUUCGGCGAUGCCGGCUGUCAGUUCGGCCCCGAGCAUCCUGGUGAAGCACGUGAGCGCACGGCAACAGUGCGAUGAUGGUGCAGCCAGCGACGGGCCACUUUAUUCGUACGACCGAACCGCGGUGCCGCGGAGCAGCGCGUUAGCCGGCAGCAGCGGCGGCGGCAGUGCGCGCACUGCUGCCGCCCGCAGCCCGUCACCGAACGCUUGUGCUCUGAGCGAGUCGGUCUCCCCAGUGUUCUCUCAUAUGACUUCGCGAUCCCCCGCCAGCAACGCUGGCAACGGUGGCAACGCUGGCGGAUCAGGCGGAGGCGGGGGCAGUGGGCUGCGCCACGGCAUCGGGUUCCGCACUUCGUCUACCUCGGCGGAAGGUACGGCGUCCUCGUCCGCUUCGUUCACCGGCGCUGCCGACCCCGCUGCCGGUGCUGCAAAGCCGAGCCGCAAAGAGCGCCGUGUAAAGCUGCUCGUGGAUUGA